AGUCUGCGAACAGCCGCGAUGGCGAGAGUCUACGGCACCAGCGAAGGGGUGCCUCGGAGGCGAGAGCAUGGCGCAAGGAACCUUGCUCCUGUGCUCGCCGUUGCUGCCGGGCUCCUCGUCGCUGUCUAUGUUGCAGGAGGAGGGAGGAGGAGAGUGGAGCUGGAUACCAUCCCUCCUGCUGUCCAAGAUCUGGAGAAGAAGAUCCAGAUGGAGGACCUGAAGGGAUGGUUGAACCAGGCUUACGAGAACGGGCAAGCAAGCAAGCCUCUACACCCCCUCGGAGAUCUCGACCCGUUCACUCAUGAACCCAUGAGCGCCGACAAUCCAGAAGCUGCUGUGAGGAACGCCAAGACUAAGUACAUCAUGAACACUGUGUACCAGAAUGCGCAGCAGGAUAUGGCGAAGGCUCAACAGGAUGCCAGGGACUAUGUGGGAACUGAUGCUGGGUGCACCCAUCACGACAUCAAUCAGACCGACUAUGCUGGUCAGAUCGCUGACGCCGUGUCGGGGGUGACGUGCAUGGCCUGGGCUGAUGCCAGCAGUAUGCCUUAUCCCUUCAACGAGACCAGCCCCGACGUCUAUCCCGACCUCUCGCAGAACUUCUGCCGCAACCCAGGGGCUCAGAAGAUGGCAGCAUGGUGCUGGUUGAGUACCCUCAAGACUGCGAUCGACAACGGACAGAAUGUCUCGGAUGAAGAAGGAGUAUCUUGGGAAUACUGCGAUAUCGGGUCUCGAUGCGGAGUUGAUGUUCCGAUCUUGCACGCUGUCAACAGGAAUCAGACUUCAGGCCCUAUCCUCUCCUUCUCUCAAGAAGGUCACUUCGCUAGCGUCGCGUCAGAUUCAGUCGCUCUCUUCUCAUACACACUUAGCCCAUCCCUCGAGAGAAGGCAACAGGGAUCCGGCUUGCAUCAUCUGCACAUGGCCCGCAAGCACAAGCACAGGCGUGCAACGAUUAAACAACAGUUGGCAUACAUGGUGGAGCAACACUAG